CCACGAAGAAGUUUGCCAGUGCUGCACCGAGCCUCGCGCUAUAUCGAGCACACUCGCCGUCUCUUUCUCUCUUUUUACCCUCCGUCUCUCUUCCUCUCUUCCCCCCUUUUGUCACUCUUCCUCUCUUUCUUGUCUUCCCGGUAUCUUCUUCCCUCUCGCUCCCCCUCCUUUCAUCCGAGUUGCUCAUCAUCGAACAUCAGCAUCGUUUCGUUCUUCGAUCAUUCUUCAGGUAGUACUGUCAAUGUGAGACUUUUGUCACUUCGACGUGCGGGAACGAACGGAAAACUGGCCAGGGACGGAGUGAUCGUCGAGCGAGGCUCGACGAGGAGGAGGAAGAGGAGGCACGAUAAUGGGCAACGCCAGCACGAAAAAUUACUCGAGGAACAUCACCGUCAGCACCAGCUCGAGAAAACCGCGCUGGGACGGUCCAGGUCUACCGGCACCGCCGGGCAAACCGAUCUUGAUCUCGGGCACGGACGACGCCCAGCCGGAUGUCGUGGCGAUACGGUGGGACCGAUCGCCGAGUAACGGUGGCUCGGCGAUCGUCGGGUAUUUGGUUGAACAUCGACGACUCGGCUCUCCUUACUGGUUACGAAGCAGCUCCGGCCUCUGCGCCUUCCCCGAGCUGACACUGAGCGGCCUCGAGCCGGGAUGGCGUUACCAAUUCCGUGUAAGGGCGCAAAACGCCCUCGGACUCUCGCAACCGAGCGAAGUCUCCGAACCCCUCACCGUCACUUUGCAGAGGGCCAGUGUCGCUGCCUGCGCACCCCGUUUCGAUCUGGAACUUAAGGACACGGUUGCGCUCGAGAACGAACAGGCCGAGUUUGCAGUGCAAUUCAUCGGUACCCCGUUGCCGAAGAUCUCAUGGUUCAAAGACGGCUUCGAGAUCUUCAGUAGCAGACGCACCAGGAUCAUCACAGACAAUGGGAAGAGCGUACUUCUGAUCCACCAGACCGCGCUCAACGACGAGGGUGAGAUCAAGUGCACCGCCACCAACAGAGCUGGUCACAUCUCCACUAAAGCGAGACUGAUCCUCGAAGCUUCACCGCGGAUACGAUUGCCUCGUCAAUACGAAGACGGUCUGCUUUUCGAGCAAGACGAGACGAUCAGACUGAAGGUGUCCUUAGCGGGCCGUCCAUCGCCCGUAGUCACCUGGUAUCACGAUGGCGAGUCGAUGUCGAAAGACGCCAGGCAUGUGUUCGAGGUGAUGGACGGCGAGUCGGUUCUGAAGAUACCAGACGCCAAGCGAGCCGAUCGGGGGGAGUACUCGGUCAAGGCGACGAACAAACUGGGCGAGGAUGCCGCGUCCUUCCUGGUCACCGUGACAGAUCGACCUGCUGCCCCCGGCAAAGUCGCGGUCGCGAUGACUCUAGGUAGAUCGGUGACAUUGUCGUGGAAAGAGCCGGAGGAUGACGGUGGCUGUAAAAUCGGGACUUACAUCGUCGAGUAUUACAGGAUCGGUUGGGAGGUUUGGCUCAAAGCGAUGACGAGCAGACGCACGACGGCAACGUUAACGGAACUGAUCGAGGGCUCCGAGUACAAAUUUCGCGUGAAGGCGGAGAACCCUUACGGAGUCAGUGACCCCAGCGAAGAGAGCGACGUUAUCUUCAUUCCAGACCUCAAACGAAACAUCACAUCGCCGCCUUUGAGCGAAAAGUCGCAGAGUCACCGGGAAAUUAGCAGAUCCCGUGGCGAGAAGCGAGAAGCAAGCUUCAAAGCGUCAUCGCAAAGAACCAGAAGUUUAACAAGGGAGGAAGCGAGGACACGAGACGAUGAAGACCGUUUUGGAUACGGCGAUCGAUCAGCCUCCACGCAACGACUCGGCAGUCCGACGUCGGCGGAUCGACCGAGCAGAACCGACAGCAGGGUGACAUUCGCGCCGGAUACACUGGAGAAGGAGCAACCACCAAUUCCUCCGGCCAGAUCGAGAGAUCAUGCUUCCACGAGGCCGGAAGUUCCUUCCAGAACACACGCGAGUCGGUCAAAUUCCGCGACAGAAACGCAAAGCAAGCAAGCAGACGUCGUCACAAGGAGAGAAAGGAUGACGUCGCCGAAACCAGCCGCGACGGUUCCUCCUCCAGUCGUUCAGGAAGAUCUUCAGUCUCGCUCGGCGGUCGGCGUGAGAGAAAUUAGAAGUCUCUCCCCGCAGUCGAUGCCGAGAAACCAAGAGUACUCGGUGGAGGAAGGUCGUAUCUCGAUUAGCCAGCGCCUUUUAUCCUCCACGAACUCAAGCCUGAAAAGACAAGCAAACGAAUCCACGGUAUCCUUACCGAGUAACCCGCAGUCUAUACGAGUGAUGCAUGAGCACGACGACGAAGACGCGUUGCACGGUAGCUCAGAGUUCAUGCUAGUCCUGUACCCUGAAGACAAGGACACAAUCGACAUAACGAACGACGCAGAAAGCCAGAUGAGAAGAGACAUAAUUGACAAGCAAGAUAUCACCGAGUUGAUGGACGACGAGGACGACCUAAUAGCGCCACCGAUGUCACUGUCUCUUCCGGAGCUAUUCAGCGAGCAGCACCAAGUGGUGGAGGUGAUGCGAGAAGCGGUCAGCUCCACCGAGCUGCUUCACGAACGAGCCAUGGAACGUUUUUAUCGCGCGAUCGCCGCCGAGGAGGCGUCCGAAAUCGCCAAACGGAAGACGCAGCUCGAAAGACAGACUGGCGAAUUGUCGGCACAGUCGGACGUCGAAAACGCCCAGAUGGCAUCACUGCGAAGACGUCUGUCCAAUUCCGGUGUCACUACGCAGAAUUUGAUCGCCUCGUGGCAGGCGAAGAAGAAUCGCCGUAGGUCGAGCGAAGGACAAACUGACUCGGGUCACAAGACGAUGAAGCUUCUGUCGCCGGCUCUGCUGCCAGAUGUCGAGGCCAGGUCCGACCCGAAUCUCCCAUCCGAGACUACAGCGGUGAGUCCCUGGAGGAGGAGCAGCGAGGAGGAUCCCGCGGGACGCCUGCGUAGAUGGCACGAAUCAAAUCUGCCACUGUCGGAGGAGCCGGAAAAAUCGAUACAGCCAACCAGCAACGACGAGGCGGCUACGACCAUCACGACCUCCGCUACUAUAAUAAACGGAGCGGCUACCUCGCCAACGGCACAAGCGGAAACGAAGGGAGCAGAGAAGGAGACCUACAGCGUGGACACUUCCGAGGAGUCCGACACUUCGGAGGAGAUCAGCAGCGCAGACAGCGAGGACUUGAAGACGCUGAAGUCGAGGAUCCUGUCGAGGUCGAUCAUCGACGAGGAGGACACUUAUCAUCCUCGAGGAAGGCCGAUCCCGCACAUCGAGCCGGAAGCACCGCAAAUUCCGUACGACAGGAUACCAACCUUGAAGACUUCACCUCCUCCAGACAUCAAAGUGGUCGCUCCUGUCUCACCGACCAACCUGCUGCCCAAGUCGAUCCUAAAGAAACCCAAGGAGGAGUCAACUACUCAGGAGGUCACCAACAAGUCGGUGCCUCCGGAAAAACCGAUUAGAAAGAUAUUACCGCAGCAGUGUCAACAAGAAGAUGCAGGAGCUGUCGAUACGAAUACCCAAGAGACACCUUCGGAUGUACCAAAGAUAUCCGAGCCUAUCCUAAAGCCACCGACAAUGUCGGAAUCCGACACAGACAGCAUAGUGUCAGCGGCUGAAGCAGCAAAAAAUCGCAGAAUACUAUCGAGAAUGCGAUCUAUGACGUCCGAAGAAGAGGCCGCCGAGGCAGAAGCCAGAAUGGCGGUUGUGAAUCAAUACACCGAAAUAGUUAGGGAGUACUCGAGUCAUUCGAGGGGUCACGACAGCGCCGCUAGCUCCCGAAGAUCCUCCCUUUCCGAGGACCAAGAUCAGAAAUAUCGAAUGCAAGAGAAGCAACUCGCGCCGAAGGCAACGAAGAAGCAGGAUCAGGAUGAGGUGCCGAAAUCCAGCGCCAAGAGCAAAAAUGAGACCGACAGAGCGAAGAAGAGCAACCAAGCUUCAGGCUCUCGAAAAGAGAGUGUCGAUUCCAGAGGCACGACUCCCGCGAGGGACACGAAGGAAAAGCACGGAAGCAAACCGAGUUCCAGGGACCAGUCCCCAGCUGCGAGGAGAAGGGACCUGCCGGUAGAACGAGCGAGAGGCUCGUCUUCGAGGUCGUCUUCGAAAACACGGAAUCGCACACCUUCUCGAGACAGGAGCAGACGGUCCAUGUCGAGAAACGACAUCUCCGGCGAGUCGUACGUUAUCGGCGACAAAUUAUCGCUGGAACAAGGCACUCGCAGGUCCAAGGUACCCCCUAGACCUUCCUCGCGUUCCUCGUCAAGAUCAAAUUCUAGAGAACGCUACGGAGCGACGAUGCCGGUGGAGUCGAAGGUCGAGAAGCUGCAGAAAGCGCUGGGGAGUAAGACCAAGUACCGUGCGGUGAGGAAAGAUUCGGAAGUCGUCAAUGAGGAGCAGCUCAGAACUUCUGAACGAAUGGGCGGCCAGCAGUUGGUUCUGGAAGCUAAGAAGAAGGUCAGAUCGACGGUGAGCUACGUGACCGACCUGACAUUGCUGAUGGCAGCAAUAUACGUGUAUCUGUUCAAAAGGGAAACCCUGGCGAUACCGUUUAUCGCACUCCUUCUGUACCGAAGAAUUCAGGAGGAAGUGCACAGUUGGAAAGCACGUCGCUGGUGGUGGUCCACGAGGAAACCCUGACAGACGGCCGAUGGCCGUCGCUUCGCGUGUACCUUCCACGUCCUGUUCAUUUAAUCAAAGCACAUUAUA